AUGGCGAUACAAAUAAAGAUUAGAGAACUCGAGCUUGAAUUCCGUUGGUUUGCUUCUAACGAGCUUGAACAAGUUUUAUUUACCGUGUCUCUUAUUUACCGAAGCCAACCAAAUAAUCACACCAAAGGGCCAACUGAAUCCAGGGAUUUUCAAGCCAUAGCUGGUAAAGUUGACCCACUGGAACCUGCAGGUAAUAAUAAAUGGAACCUUUCAUUCCACCUUUCAUUUCAUUUGGGCGAUCGAGUUCCUAAUACUACUCCAGUAGAUAUGUCUAAAUUUGGGUGUUCAAAUUCGUAUUUGCUGAAUUUUGGAAUUACACACAGGACUGAAGUUCAGUUCCGAAAGGAGAAGUCUCAAGUUACUAUUUUUGCAGAGGCCAUUGGGUCAGUUGGGCCUAUGAGUUGCUCUAUAAAUGUGCGUGUUCAACCGUCUCUUGACAGUUAUGCCCACACCAGUUACAAGCCCGAAGACAAACUGCUUGGAGGACUUCUAUCACCAGGCUUCAAUGAAGCCUCUUGCUUAAGCCGGUACCGAUCCAUUCAAUACCGAAAACUUUCCCCCCACAAGCCCUCUCCCUACCUCAUCUCCAAAUUACGAAACUACGAAUCCCUCCACAAACAGUGCGGUCCCCAUACCGAAUCCUACAACGCAACCGUGAACCACCUCCGCCACCACCACCCCCACCACGACAUUUCCAACAACAGUACCUGCAAAUACAUUGUGCAUCUUUUCUAUGGCCACAGCGGCUUUGGAAACAGAAUGCUGAGCCUCGUCUCGAACUUUCUCUUCGCUGUUCUAACAAACAGGUUGUUGCUCGUUGAUCAAGGCGACCACACUGCCCUCCUCUGCGAACCGUUUCCUGACACCACUUGGGCCCUCCCUUUCGACUUCCCGCUCAGAGACCAAUUCGACAGGUUCGAUCCAAAUCACUCACAUUGUUAUGGAAACAUGAUGAGAAAUAAGACAGUAGAGUUGUCAAUGGAUGACUCCCCUCCACCGUUCGUUUACCUGAAUUUGGUUCACGAUUUCAACAAAUAUGACCAGCGCUUUUUCUGUGAUCGAGAUCAGAAUAUUAUGAAGAAGGUGCCGUGGUUGUUAAGUAGAUCGACUCAGUACUAUAUUCCAUCUCUGUUUUUGAUGCCAUCGUUUGAGAAAGAAUUAACAAAAUUGUUUCCGGAGAAAGAAACAGUUUUCCACCACUUAGGUCGGUACCUUGUCCACCCCUCGAAUGAAGUAUGGGGACUGAUUACUAGAUACUAUGAAACUUAUUUGGCUAAAUUUGAUGAGAGAAUCGGAAUCCAAAUCCGGGAUUUCAGCAGCACAGGUCUUCCUUUCCAGAAUUCCAAGGAAUUGGCAUCACUUGAAACAAUUUUCAUGGACCGAAUACUUGACUGCUCUGUGCAGGAAAAUCUGUUGCCAAAAGUGAUAACCAAUACCCUGAAUUCUUCUGCUAUAAAUGCCACAAGAAACACAAAAGCAAAAUCCGUUCUAGUGACAUCGUUGAUUUCCUCGUACUUUGAGAAAUUGAGAAACAUGUACCAGGAUAAUCCAACAAUUACAGGCGAAUCAGUUACCGUUUUCCAACCUAGCCAUGAAGAAUCCCAGCAGAGUUACAACGCCCAACACAAUAUGAAGGCAUUGGCAGAGAUUUACCUUCUUAGCUUAAUGGAUGAGUUGGUCACAAGCCCUUGGUCCACUUUUGGGUAUGUAGCUCAAGGCCUAGGGGGUUUGAGACCGUGGAUUUUGAGCAAUCCCCUGAGGGAAAUGGAUUCUGACUCGCCUUGUCGUCGGGUUACUUCAAUGGAACCUUGUUUUCACUACCCUCCCUCUUAUGAUUGUGAGGCGAAAAUAGAAAUAGAUACCGGUGCAAGGGUUCAGUAUGUGAGGCAUUGUGAAGACAUGAGCCGGGGGAUUAAAUUGUUUGAUGAUCAUGAACUGUAGCUGCACCCAGUGGCGGACCCAGUCACACAGGAAUUCCAUAUACCGAGAUACCUAUUAUUCACAAUCUUAAAAAAUAUUUCUCAGUAUGUAUACCCCUAAAUUAUCGUUCAACCAUUGAAUAUAUUGAUGUCUCAUUUUAUUCCGC